AUGGAUGAAUAAUAAAGCUGCCUUAUAUGUUUUUCCAAUUUUUCGAAGACUGACAUACAAUGGUUUCCAAACUGCUAACAUUCUUUUUGUAAGCAAUGUUUAAAAACUUCAUAUGAAUAAAGUAUAAGAGAAUAAAAGGUUUAACUUAAGUAUUUCGCAUGUUCAUAUUGUAAUACUCAGCUUGUUGAUAAUUAAUGGAUAUAAAGCAUAGUUAGUUCAGAUUUUUAUUCACAAUAUUGUGAACUUUUAAUUAAGCAAAACCUUAUAGAAUAUUUGAUAGAUGAUGAAAUCCUUGUAGCAUGUAAGAAUUAAUCUUGCUCGUAUAAAUUUAUGAUAUGGAAAUUUGCAGAUCAUCAAAAGUGCCCUGUUUGUAAAUAAUAACAUUGUAGAAAAUGCAAUAAUGAUCAUUUACUUGAAAUCACUUGCGAAUAAGCAUUAUUGCUUAAAGAAGGUAGUUAUAUAGAAAAAAAGAAAAAAUUAUAGAUUAGCAGAUGUCCAAAAUGUAAAAUCUUAGUUGAAAAAACAGCAGGUUGUAGUUUUAUGACUUGCAAAUGUGGCACUUAUUUUUGUUAUAAAUGCGAUGAAUAAUUAAAAAAAGAGGAUCACUAUAAUCAUUUUUAAUUAAAUAACUGCAAUGCCUUGCAAAAUAAGUAAUAGGAAAAUCCUAUCCCUAAACAAAGAAAGAAAAUCAGAAUAAUAAGUAUAGCUGAUUUUAUUCCAUGCUUUGUUUGUUAGGGGAUCACUGAAAUUUUGAUCGAUAGACUAAUUUACUAAUGUAACUCAGGAAAAUGUAAAGGAUCAUGCUUUUGUAUAAGAUGUUUAUGUCAACUGAGUGCAUAAGAUAUCCCUGAUCAUUUAGAAAAUACGAAUUGUUUAUAAAAAUGA